AUGACUCCGCGCAGCAUCUCCUCCGUUCUUCUGCUCGUGCUCCUCUUCGGGGUCCCGUGCUCCGGCAGGGUCACCUGUAAGACCAGAUGCUGCACCUUCGUGCAAAACUUCCCCUUACGCCUGAAGCAGCUGAGGACUUCGUUUUUCCAGAUGAAAGAGUACUACGAAGAAAAAGAUCAGGUUGAAACGGCAUUGCUGGACUCAUCUGUCCUCACUGAGAUAAAGAGCACCUACGGCUGUCACGCAAUGAACGACAUUUUACACUUCUACCUAGAAACUGUGCUGCCAGCCGCACAUGAAGCCAGCAGAGAGUUUACGAAUCCCAUCGAGAGUAUCGGAGACAUACUUUACGAGCUGAAGAGGGAGCUGAUCUCUUGUAAUAACUAUUUUUCCUGCAAGAAACCCUUUGAGCUCCACAAUAUCAUUGACACGUACAAUAAAAUGCAAGAAAAAGGGCUAUACAAAGCCAUGAGAGAGCUGGAUUGGUUUUUUAACUACAUAGAGGAGUAUAUGGAGUCAAAGAGGCAUGAUUCACCCGGCAUGAGCCACAAGGCAAACCAAGUGGAGCAUUGACACCUGGUUCAUCUCCUCAUAGAGAAGAGCGGAAGUCAGCGAUGCGACAAACACCCUCUUCCCAUUUACACCUUUGGACAUGGACUUGUGAUCGACGUAUUACCUCAUCAGAAGGGGACAGACUGACUCUCUAUUAAGGAUGGAAAAUAACUAUUUAUCCCAGAAAAUCACUUAUUUCUUUCUUUAUUUUUUAACAUUUUAAGCCUUUUGGCCUUAGACCUUCAUCAUGGAAAGGAAACCAACAGACAUUGCAGCCCUCCAGGAUUUGCCUUUGACACCCAGGUGUUCUUCCCCUCCAAUCAGAAACCGGUUUAGACCUGGGUCACCAGGUGAGGGCAAUCACUGACCAAUCAGAGACAUUAACAAAUCAAUUAACAACCAGACAA